CCUUUCAAGUUCUUAACCCUACUAAAUUUGAAUUUUGAAAAUUUUAAUAUUUUAAAUGUUUUAUUUUUAAUUUCUUCAGAGAAAAAUAUUUAAUAAACCAUAAACUAUAUAUUUUUUAAAUUUUGUUAUACAAUAUAUUGCGUUGUGUUAAUAUAAAUACAGAAGAAGCACAAGAUGAGAAACGUAGAAAUAAAAGCUAAAGUAAAAAAUAUUGUAAUUUUGUUACAGAAAGCUAAAGAAAUAUCCCAAAGUUCUGAUAUUCUUAAACAACACGAUACAUUUUAUAACACUACAAAAGGUCGUUUAAAAUUAAGGAGAUUUACAGAUUCUGGUAAUGGUGAGCUUAUUUUUUAUGAUAGACCUGAUACAGAAGGUCCAAAAUUAUCUGUAUUUAAGAAAGCAAAUGUUGAAGAUAUAGAUAAUCUAAACCAAGUUUUAACAGAAGCGCUAGGGUCUAAAAAUGAAGUGAAAAAAGUUAGGCAUUUAUUUUUGGCUGGGCAAACAAGAAUUCAUAUAGAUGAGGUGGAAAAUUUAGGGAAUUACAUGGAAUUAGAGGUUUGUCUGAAACCGGAACAAACUUGUGAAGAAGGUGAAAAAGUGGCAUAUGAAAUUAUGAAACAACUAGGAGUACAAAAAGAAGAUCUAGUAAGUGGAGCUUAUGCCGACUUAUUGUUAAAAUAAUACUUACAUUAUGACUUACAUUUGUGCUUACAUGUUACAUGGCUUGGAAAUGGUCAAUGUUAAUGUAUUGAAAAUAAUAAUGUAAUUAUUUGAUAAGUUUAAAACAAUGUUAAUAAUUUUU